AUGAACAUUCCGCAUCGAAAAAAUCGUUUAUUUCUUCAAAUUAUUCAUUGUCUCGGUGUUGUUCUCGGCACAUGUCUAUUUUUACGUGAAUUAUUCACAUAUUCCAGAUUCUCGAUAAUCAUAUCUUACUUUUGCUAUUUGUUGGCAGCGGGUGCUGUGCUCUAUCUUUUGUAUAGUCGCCGUAAACCAAGUAGAAAAUUUGCGUAUGGGGCAUUCUACGCUAUGUGUGGUGUAGUGAUCUUGUUUGCUCUAACUUAUAUGUAUGAAUCGCUUACAUUGGCUUCUCAAUUGAAGCAGGAACUGAUUGAGCAUAUCGAGAGAAAUCAAGCAGCAGAUCCGGCUUUGGAGACAUUGAUUCAAUACACUAAGUGUUGUGAAAUCGAUGGUAAUGCUCGUUCGAAUGAAGUUUUCGAGAGUUUUCAACGAAAAUAUCCAAAACAUUGUAAUGAAACGACAGCUGAUCAGGCCAAACCAUGUCUAAUGUAUAUUAAACAUCAACGCAAUAUAAUAACAUUUUUCAAUUUGAUUUUGAUCACUUGUCGCGUAUUAGUAUUAUUCCUACUAUGGAAAUAUGUCAAGGAAGAGUAUAGUAAUACGAACAAUGAACUUAUGGCUUCUCCGACUACGAACACAGAGCAAUCGGUGACAAAUACGGUUAUAUAG